GUCACUUCUCAAUCUCACCCGUCUCCUCCACCAUGCUUGUGUUUUCCCGAGAAAUCGAAGGGGGUGGGCUCGGGACGUGAUCUGUCAUUGAGUUAGGACGUCUUUGGUGGAGACUUCGGCGAUGAAAAUGAGGAAUGAAGAUGUGAUCUCGUAACUUCCUUCUCUUGUCAGGCGCCUCGGACCGUGCUCCGCAAAUCACAGCCGGAGAGCAACAGGAGGAGGACGCUGUGACUGAGACACUGCAGCCAUGGCACAGCUGUACUAUAGGAAGGCUGACAACUCCUCGUACAGGGACCGCAUCCCCCUGCGCAUCGUACGGGCAGAGUCCGAGCUCUCCGUCAUGGAGAGGGCCUACCUGGGGGCUAUCGAGAAGGGGGACUACGCCAGUGUGAAGCAAGCCCUGGAAGAGGCUGAGAUCUACUUCAGGAUCAACAUCGACUGCGUGGACCCGCUGGGGCGCACGGCUCUGCUCAUUGCCAUCGAAAACGAGAACCUGGAGAUCAUCGAGCUGCUGCUCAGCUACAACGUGUAUGUGGGCGAUGCCCUGCUGCAUGCCAUCCGUAAAGAAGUGGUGGGGGCUGUGGAGCUACUGCUCAACCACAAGAAGCCACGUGGGGAAAAACAGGUUCCACCAAUUCUGCUGGACAAACAGUUUUCAGACUUCACCCCAGAUAUUACUCCAAUCAUCCUUGCAGCCCACACUAACAACUACGAGAUCAUUAAACUGCUGCUGCAGCGAGGUGUUUCCAUACCUCAGCCACACGCUGUGCGUUGCAACUGUGUGGAGUGCCUGUCCAGUUCAGACGUGGACGGCCUGCGCCACUCGCGCUCUCGGCUGAACAUCUACAAGGCCCUGGCCAGCCCGUCUCUCAUCGCCCUCUCCAGCGAGGAUCCUUUCCUCACAGCUUUUCAGCUCAGCUGGGAGCUGAAGGAGCUCAGCACGGUGGAGAAUGAGUUCAAAUCAGAGUAUGAGGAGCUGUCUCAUACGUGUAAACAGUUUGCAAAGGACCUCUUGGACCAGACCCGAAGCUCUAAGGAGCUGAAAACAAUCCUCAACUAUCGUGAUGACAUCAACCCUCUGCUGGAUGAGAGCGCUAAUGAUCUGGCCAGGCUGAAGUUGGCCAUCAAAUACUGCCAGAAAGAGUUUGUUGCUCAGCCCAACUGCCAGCAGCUGCUGGCGUCUCGGUGGUAUGAUGAAUUCCCAGGCUGGAGGAGGCGUCACUGGGCAGGAAAGCUCAUCACUUGUAUUUUCAUUGGCCUCCUCUUUCCGCUGUUAUCCAUCUUCUACCUCAUCUCUCCGAAGAGCCGCUAUGGCUUGUUCAUCCGUAAGCCCUUCAUCAAGUUCAUCUGUCACACUGCUUCUUACUUGACCUUCCUCUUCCUGCUCUUCUUGGCCUCGCAGCAUAUCGCUGCUGCUAAACCGACGCGUCAGGGCCCAGCUCCCACCAUUGUGGAGUGGAUGAUCCUGCCCUGGGUGCUUGGCUUUAUAUGGACUGAGAUCAAACAGAUGUGGGACAGUGGUUUUGAGGACUACAUGGACGACUGGUGGAACAUUAUGGACUUCAUCAUGAACUCCCUGUACCUCGCCACCAUUUCUCUGAAGGUUGUCGCGUACUUAAAGUACAGUGGAGACAAAUCGCGAUGUCAAUGGCAGACGUGGCACCCAACUUUGGUGGCAGAGGCAUUGUUUGCCAUCGCCAACAUCUUCAGCUCCUUGCGCCUCAUCUGUCUUUUCACUGCCAACUCCCAUCUGGGCCCGUUACAGAUUUCACUUGGCCGAAUGCUUCUGGACAUCCUCAAGUUCCUCUUCAUCUACUGUCUCGUGCUGUUAGCCUUUGCCAACGGCCUCAACCAGCUCUAUUUCUAUUAUGAGACGGAAAGGAACAAUGAUACGUGCUGGGGUAUUCGCUGUAAGGACCAGAACAACGCCUUCUCAACGUUGUUCGAAACGCUGCAGUCAUUAUUUUGGUCUAUCUUUGGCCUGAUUUCCCUCUAUGUGACCAAUGUGGAUCAAAAGCACGAAUUCACAGAGUUUGUGGGCACAACCAUGUUUGGCACGUAUAACGUCAUCUCCCUAGUAGUGCUUCUAAACAUGCUAAUUGCAAUGAUGAACAACUCCUAUCAGCACAUUGCUGAUCAUGCAGAUAUAGAGUGGAAAUUUGCAAGAACAAAACUAUGGAUGAGCUAUUUCGAGGAAGGGGGAACUUUGCCAUCACCAUUCAAUAUAAUCCCCAGCCCAAAGUCAGUUUAUUACAUACUUGGAUGGAUAAAUACGCAUUUGUUCAAGAGAACCAACCUAAAGAGGCUUGAAACCUUUGAAACCUUGGGGAGACGAGCAGCCGAAAAUGUAAGAUCGAGCCAUGAAUAUCAGGAGGUUUUGAGGAACCUUGUGAAACGGUAUGUCGCUGCAAUGAUCAGAGAUGCAAAGACGGAGGAAGGAUUGACAGAAGACAAUUUCAAGGAGCUGAAACAGGAUAUCUCCAGCUUCCGCUACGAAGUUCUGGGAAUGAUGAAGGGUAAAUCUCAAAGCGGUCUAACGCCUAAUGUCGCAAGCUCCACCUUUGCUUACCCUGGAAACUCCUUCAGAUACUCUAAAGUCUUAAAAGAUGAGCCUCAACCAAAGCAGAUUAGUGUGACCACCACCACCACCACCCUGCUGAGCGCACCCGCAGCCACCUCUGGUUGCUCCAACAGGCUAUCCAACGGCUCAGUUGUUUUGUGCAAUAUUGGAAAGACUCCAGCCACAGAAGUUUCAAACGCUGGAUCCCUUCAGAGACGGCGAAAACGCCCCUCUGAGAAAUCCGACGAAAUAUAUUCACUGUCAGAUGACGCCAUGUUGGAAUCUGAUGGACAAAACCAAGAACAUCUUCAGAAAGAAAAUGUGGAAUUCUUACAGAGAGUGGAGAAGGAUAUUCAAGAGACUGAACACUCUUGCAAAGACCACACUCAGGAGGUGAAAAAUGGGCCAAAGAAGUAUAAAAAUUAAUCUGUCAUCAAAGGAAAGAUAUAAACCCUUUUUUCAUUUUUAAACAUGUAUUCAGACUAUUUUAAUGAACUAAAGACAAUCAGAUGUAAAAUUUCAUAUUCAAAUUUUAAUAAUCAUGCAUCCUCUCAUGUAUAUAAUAAUGUCAUUUAUCACUAUAUUUCAAACAUGCUCCUACAAACAUAUGAAGUGAGUGCUGAUUUCGGUUCUGACUUGACCCCUCAGGGAAACAGGCUGUUAAUUGGUGUUUUAUCUUGAGCAAUUAAUUCCAAAGCACCCCAUCACCGUGCUGCCUAUCCUCUACUCCUAUACCUACAACAGCCUGUUUGAAUUAUGUAAAACAUAUUGUAUCAUAGCUCUCUCUGCAGAAAAUUAAACGCUGUUUGUUUCUGCUAUAUUUAAUUGUGCAGGAAGAAAUAUAAACACAUUAUUUGUAUUCAAUACCUGAGCUAAUCCAAUGUUUCAUUCAGGCACACUGUCUAGUAAAAUAAUGAGCAAUGUAGCUCCAAGCUAAUCCAGAGAUUAAGGGGCAGCUUCUCUUAUAUCCAUGUUUACACGAUGAGCAUGUAAACGUGGUUUGGAUGAGAGGCAGAAGGGUUGUUGCAGUAUUCUUCCGCAGUCAUAUGCUCUCGCAUCGCCAUACCUUGCAGGACUUUCCAGACAUACAUUGUGCAGUUCAAUUUGUUGUGAGAUGUACUGACGUUACCCUGUGAUCCAAUAAAAAUUAAUGCUUAUUUCAAA